AUGCUUUCCAGCGUUAAAGGAGAUAAAUAUUAUGUAUGCAAUAUUCCGGCACUUGUAGAUCUUGAGUCAGAUGACUGUGCGUCCAUUUACAUCUUUAACGUAGACCAACCAUCAUCCUCUGUAAAUCAGCCAAUUUGUAUUCCUCGCCAUGGAUUGCAGUCUCACUCCUCUCCUCUGUCACCGCCUACAAGACUUCAGAGUCAUAAGAACUAUGAAGGAACUUGUGAGGUACCGGAAUCCAAAUACAGUCCACUAGGUGGACCCAAACCCUUUGAGUGCCCUAGUAUUCAAAUUACAUCUAUUUCACCUAACUGUCAUCAAGGAAUUGAAGCCAAUGAAGAUGAAUUGCACACAAAUGGCACAGAAAAUGAGUAUAUGGAAAGGCCUUCACGGGACCAUCUCUAUCUUCCUCUUGAGCCAUCAUAUAGGGAAUCAUCCCUUAGUCCAAGCCCUGCCAGCAGCAUUUCGUCCAGAAGUUGGUUUUCAGAUGCUUCCUCUUGUGAAUCCAUUUCCCAUGUUUAUGAUGAUGUAGACUCAGAGCUAAACGAAGCAGCUGCUCGAUUUACCCUUGGCUCUCCUUUGGCAUCUCCUGGUGGUUCUCCGAGAGGUCCCAGUGAUGAGUCUUGGCAGCAGCCUUAUGGAUUUGGGCAUGCCUUGUCGCCUAGACAGUCUCCCUGUCAUUCUCCUAGAACUAGUAUUACAGAUGAAAAUUGGCUAAGCCCUAGACCAACAUCAAGGCCCUCAUCAAGACCUACAUCCCCCUGUGGGAAGCGGCGACACUCCAGUGCUGAGAUUUGCUAUGCUGGUUCUCUCUCUCCUCACCAUUCUCCAACUCCAUCACCUGGCCAUUCUCCCAGAGGAAGCAUAACAGAAGACACGUGGCUAAACACUUCCAUCCAUAAUGUACAAGGCCUUAAUUCUGGCCUUUCACCGUUUCAGUGUUGUACAGAGACUGAUAUUCCUCUAAAAACAAGAAAGACCUCAGAGGAUCAGACUGCCACUUUAUCUGGAAAAAUAGAUAUCUGUCCUGAAGAACAGGGUAACUUAUCGUCAUCCCUUGAAACUCCAGUAGAUGACUGCUCUGGAUCUCAGCACACCUUGAAAAAAGAUUUGCCCGGAGACCAAUUUCUUUCUGUUCCUUCGCACUUUACUUGGAACAAACCAAAGCCUGGUCAUACUCCUAUAUUUCGCACAUCUUCAUUGCCGCCUCUUGACUGGCCGUUACCAAGUCAUUAUGGGCAGUGUGAACUGAAAAUAGAAGUCCAGCCUAAAACUCAUCACAGAGCUCACUAUGAAACAGAAGGAAGCAGAGGAGCAGUAAAAGCAUCUACUGGAGGACACCCUGUAGUGAAGCUCCUGGGCUACAGCGAAAAGCCAGUAAACCUACAGAUGUUCAUCGGAACAGCAGAUGAUCGCUACUUAAGACCUCAUGCGUUCUACCAGGUGCACCGAAUCACUGGAAAAACAGUUGCAACAGCCAGUCAAGAGAUAAUAAUCGCCAGCACAAAAGUUCUGGAAAUACCACUUCUUCCUGAAAAUAAUAUGUCAGCCAGUAUUGAUUGUGCUGGUAUUUUGAAACUUCGCAAUUCAGAUAUAGAGCUCCGUAAAGGAGAGACAGAUAUUGGAAGGAAGAAUACCAGAGUGCGACUUGUGUUUCGUGUUCACAUCCCACAACCUAGUGGAAAAGUCUUAUCUCUGCAGACUGCUUCCAUACCUGUUGAAUGCUCUCAGCGAUCUGCUCAAGAACUUCCUCAGAUCGAGAAGUACAGCAUCAAUAGUUGUUCAGUAAAUGGAGGCCAUGAAAUGGUGGUGACAGGAUCCAAUUUUCUUCCAGAAUCAAAAAUUAUAUUUUUUGAAAAAGGACAAGAUGGACGACCUCAGUGGGAGGUAGAAGGGAAGAUAAUUAGGGAAAAGUGUCAAGGGGCAAACAUCAUACUUGAAGUUCCUCCAUACCAUAACAAAACCAUUACAGCUGCAGUUCAAGUCCAGUUUUAUCUCUGCAAUGGCAAGAGGAAAAAAAGCCAGUCUCAACGUUUUACUUAUACACCAGUUAUAAUGAAGCAAGAGCACAGAGAUGAGGUGGAUUUGUCUGCUGUUCCAUCUUUGGCCCUACCUCACACAAGCAACGUCCAGGGCCUGCAUUCCAUCCGAACUCAAUUGCCUUCACCAGAGCAAGGGCAUCCACGUGACAACUUACUGUCUACGUCACCCAGGAGCCUUGUGUGUCCAGUUCAACCUCCGUACACAGCAAUGGUGACCUCAGCAGUAUCCCACCUGCCACAUAUGCAAGGUAGAAACCUUAGUCCAAGUGAAGAGUGUCAUGUUUUGCCUCCUGCUGUGGUUCAGUCUUUUCAGGUAACAUCAGCACCUCCUGUGAGACCUUCUUACCAGCCUAUGCAGUCUAAUGAUGUAUACAAUGGACAGUCUGGUCUUCCUAUGAACUCUGCCUCCAGCCAAGGAUUUGAUACUAUUUCAUUUCAGCAAGACACAGCUGUACCUCAUUUGAUAAAUCUUAGCUGCCAAGCUCUACCACCAAUGCAGUUUCAUUCUUCAAAUCCAGCUUCUGUAAAAAAAGCAGGGCACCCUCUAGCACACCCAGCUCAUUCGGGACAGUCGUCUUCUCACCUACCGUCGAUGGGAUACCACUGCCCAAGCGCUGGGCAGGGCUCCAUCCCUUCUGCAAUGGGUCGGUCUCUUGGGCAGUCUUCUCCCCAGCUGCAGCAAGUCCCGUACCAUUCUACAAAUCCAGCAUCCGCUUCAUCCCCAUCCCCAACAGCUUCCCACCCUUUGGUCCAUUCGCCGCUCUCUGGACCUUCUUCCCCCCAGCUCCAACCUAUGCCUUAUCAAUCUCCUAGCUCAGGACCUGCCUCAUCUCCCCCGCCAACCACUGCAAGUCACUCGGGACAGCACUCCCCUCAAGCACAUAGUCCAGCAUUGGGAGGUCUUAAUGCGGCGUCAUCCCUAGUGCACCAUCCCGUAUGCGAUUCAUCUCCAUUUUCACCAGAUGGGGCAGCUAUUAACAUUAAACCAGAACCUGAAGACCGAGAAUUGAAUUUUCAAACAAUAGGACUACAAGACAUCACGCUAGAUGACGUGAAUGAGAUCAUAGGAAGAGAUAUGUCACAGAUCUCGGUGUCACAUGGAACAACAGUGGCCAGCCAGUCUGCACGUACAUGUCCUGGAUCUCUGGAGACAAGACUAUCUGAUGGAAUCCAGUAA